AUGCACGAUAUUGCACUCGGACACCUCUUCUCGACUGUGACUCUAUAUUUUGGCGUCACAACCCUCCUCGACCAGCUCCGACCUGACGUCUGGCUUACUCGAGGAAGGGAGACGGAUGACUAUGAGAAGAGGCUGUAUGACGAGAGCUGGCAGCUUCUUGACCGGAUUACCAGUGACUCAAGAUUCGCUGCCUCCGUUAGGAAAGUUGUAGUUAUAUACCUUAGUGAUGGGCCUUUCAUAUUUGAAAAGAACUGCUUGGAGAAAGCGCUGCGCCACGUCGGACACCUCAAAGCCUUCCAUUGGUAUGGAGGAUGGCCGCCCGUCGCUGAUGACAUCGUCGCUGUUCUAGUUCAUACGUGUCCAGAACUGGAAGAACUCAGGUUACCAAGGUACUUGCUGGACUCGGAAAAGCAUGUGACCCUCCUUCGAGGUCUUAGACAUCUUAGCACAUUCAUCUGCUGCGCCGAUGGAGAGGAUGUGGAGGAUGAACAUUUUCCGGAAGAGUUUCAGACGGUCGACCCGUCCUCACGCCCUUCGCUGGAGGAGCUCAUGCGCAACAAUCAGAACACUCUCCGGAAACUUGAUAUCGAGGGCUGGCGGGCGGUCAGUUUGCCCAUCCCUACCCUGUCUCAACUGACGCAUCUGCAUCUUUACACCCUUUUUGGCGAGCAAUUCUCCUGGCUGGGCUUAAUCCUCCAUCACUUGACUUCACUGCGAUCUUUGUCGGUGUUCAGUGACAGUCCGGCCCUUUUCACGCUCUUGCAAGAACACUCUUCGGCCUUAUCCCAACUGCAAUCUCUAAGGUUAGAGGCUGAGGUAGCAUUCACCCAGGAAGAGCUACUGCCCCUGAUACACACUAUACGGAACUCGACUGCUCUUCGCCGAUUAGACCUCGCUUUCUCCUUCCAUGAUGACCCAAUCGUGACAUUAGCUGGCAUAUUAAAUCGCGAGAGUCCUAUCAGCGUUCUUGGCCUCAAUUUGGGUUGCGCAGGCUGGAACAGUGAUGUCAGCAGCAUGAAGUGGACUGAUGAACAAUGCCGACGACUUUCUGAUUGCCUUCCGAACAAUCUAUCAUCUCUGCGUUUGAUAUCUGCCUUUGAACGCAUAGAUUGCCACACUGAGCCCUUGCUGGACCGCUUUCGCGAGCUCCUCAACCUCCAUUUUUUGUACAUCGGCAACGUACGACGAUUUCAUCCCUUCCUGGCCGUAGACUUGGCCGCAGACAUCGCUUCCCUGGCCACAGUGGGCGUGAACGACCGUAUGUGGGACGUUGAUAAACGAGAGGAUGGAGAAUUCUGCUUGCAUCACUGGCCGGAUCCGCUUAUAGUUGUCCGGUUGCAGGAGAAAUUCGUGUCUGAGGACGACUUCUGGCUGAUGAACGGGGUCCGCAUCUGCGGCCUUAGAACAUACGAUGAUAUAGCUGCAGGCGAAUAGAAGACAUACCUGCUCUUUAUUCGGUGUUCUUUACUGGCAAGCACAUCAGGGUCUGCAGCAGUGCGCAGUCAGAUACUUCGUUACUUGUUCUAUCCAGCGUACACCAAGCCGAACGUCCGAGAAUGCGCAGGAGAACCCAUGGAAUGCUCCGGGGUAUACAUCGACCUUGGUGUGCACCCCGGCUUCUCUCACCAGUUUCUCGUAAAGGAGGCCCUCGUCACGCAGAACGUCCCAUCCGCAGACUUGGGC